CGGCGAACCGCAAACAACACGAAAACUGCUCCAAAAAAGUGCCAUUCAAAGAUGACUUACAAGCUGUGGCUGCUACUGUCAGUGUUGGCGCUGGCCGAAUCGGUGAGGUCGCAGGAAUAUCAUUACCAGCGCCCCCAGGUACCCUUCCGCGAGGUGUCAACGCGCCAUCAGCAGCCUGUCCGGUAUGUGGUCCAAACCCUGGGGCCUAACAGCCGCACCUAUCAUCUGGAAUCGCAUCUGGCUCCGGCCAUCUAUGAGAACCACCAGACAGUGCAUGUGAGCGGACAGAGGGGACAGCAGAGUAAACUGGGAGGAUAUGGAUACCAGGGCGCACAGCAACAGCAGCAACAAUAUGUGGCACCGCAGCAGCAGGUGCAGUAUGUGGCACCUCAGCGGGUGCAGCAGCCACAGCUGCAAUAUUCGACCUUCUCCAACCCUCUGCUGGGCAGCGGUAGCUAUCAGCAAUACUCUUCAGCCUUGGCAGCUCCGCUCACUACACAAGCCCUGACUCCACCAGCACCACCACCCGGCUACUACCAGCCUCAAGCUCAGGCGCAGGCUCAGACCCAAGUGCAGUCACAGUCCAGCGGCCAGUACGGAGCACCACAGCCGCAGAACCCGGGGCCACAGCGUCACUACUUCGCCAACCCCCAUCCUUAUGCAUUGGUCACACUGCCCACGGGGCAGCAGGUGCUGGAUGCAGGCCAUGGCUCCGGCGUGCCGCCCACAGCGGUGCUGAACAAACUCCUGACCAGCACGGGUCUCGCCGAGCCAGCGCCGAGAAAGGGCAACCACGUGGCCCAGUCGGAGAGCGCCUCGCUGGACUACUACGACCACAAGCAGACGACAGCCGGGGACACCAGGGAGUACCAGCGAUACGUGACCAACUGCCAGCCCAACGGACAGUGUCAGCAGCAGGUGCUCAGUCCGGGCCAAGUGGAUCCGGAGCACAAGCAGCUGCUGCAGGACAUACGCGCCGUGGCCCAUGCUCAUAUCGAGGGCUGCACCAAGAGUCCAGCCCUCUAUGUGCCCCCGGGCACCGCGAUGAAUAGUCAGGGACAGCUGAGGCCCAGGAACAGGCGCACAUACGAGCGGAGGGAGGAGCUGAUCGAGCGGCACCCCUAUAACUAAACACUGGCCCAGUGUCGCAUUUAGAUUUAAUAGUUGUUGAAUUAGAUUUUUCAAUGUAAAUAUAACCGAU